AUGCUCUCUCAACCCUCGACAUUCACAUCACCACCCCAAUCAUUACACCUAGACAUGUCACAUACACAAUAUCCGUCGAGCAAUAGGGGCUCGACCUCGCAUGCCUCUAGUCAAGAAUGCGAUAGAAGAGAAUCCACACAACAUCACGAUGCGUCACGUCACCCUGCGGAUAUAUUUGCCCUUGAUCAAAUGACAAUGCUUAGUGCUGGGCCAGUAUUUGGGGACGAUGGGAGUCUAAGCAAGACGCCUUAUGUAGCCAUGCCAGAGGACUUCAUGGCUUAUUUAUUCAACUCGCUUCCCUCCCAGGGCUCACCUCCUGGAAUUGGACUUCAAGGUCCUGUCUUAAAGUAUGGAGAAUUACAGGACACGCACUACUCUACACCAUUCACUGUCAAUGGCAUGUCGCAGAUUGGACCUUUCCCAAGUGCUCCUCAGCAUAUCAUGUCGGUAACCAAUUUGCUUGACGAAAAUUCUCCCGAGACCAAUAUAUCAGACCAAAGAAGUCAAGAGAUUUUUGACUUCAUCAAAGAUCGUUUCCAUGAACACGACGUACCCCCCGCAGAACGAAGUCGGGACAACAUCUUGGAAGGGGACCGCGAACAAGACAACCAUAUGCUGAGUUGUAGGAUGAUGCAGGCAUAUCUUGGCUCCUACUGGUACCACUUCAGUGACCAACUCCCGAUUUUGCAUCGACCGACUUUCUCUUCCGACACAACUCCCAAUCUCCUGCUCCUAGCAAUGAUGACUAUUGGUGCCGCAUGUCUGGAUAGAACCUAUGGUCAACAGGUCUUGACAGCAGGCGCUAAACUUUCAAAUUUUAUCGCUAGACAUUUGAGAUGGGAGGUCUUCAUGGAUGUAAACUUCCGACCACCAGCAAAGCUCUGGGUUUUCCAGACACUAAUUUUGCUGGAGCUGUACGAGAAGAUAUUUUCAACGAGGGAGUUGCAUGAACGCGCCCACAUUCACCAUGCCACCAUGAUUACUCUCAUGCGUCGUGGACGAUCACUCAUUGGAAAUUCCUCCAUGAACUCGCCUCCAAACUCACGAGAAACGCUAAAUGGAUCGAAAAAAGUGCCGGGAGUCGGCCAAACGCCGGAGGAACGGUGGAACCAUUGGGUCACCAAUGAAGCUACCAGACGAGCGGCGUUCGCCGCCUUCAUCAUUGAUUCUACUCAUGCCGCCAUGUUUGGUCACUCGGCCGUGAUGGUAACACACGAGAUGAGGCUUCCAUUGCCCUAUGAUGAGUCUUUGUGGAGAGCCAGGAGCAGUGCCGAGGUAGGAAGGGCUGAAGCAAGCCUCAAUGCUAGAGGCAUACAGCCAAUAUCGUUCCUUGAGGGACUCAAACGCACUCUGAGUCAUCAGGAAGUUAAGACAACGUCAUUUGGUAGAACCGCUCUCAUGGCUGGUCUCAUGAGUGUCACGUAUCAUAUGCAACAGCGAGAUCUUCAGGUCAACGUCCUCGGUCGCGGAGUGAUUCAGGCGCUGGAGGAUCGCGAUAGGUGGCGUGCAUGGUUGACAAAAGCAUACGACUCUUGGAAGAGCGACUUUGAUAAAGAGCUUCAGGAUAGCGGGCCUUCUAGCGAUCCCUACGGCCAAGGAAGCACCAGAAACGAAGCCCACAUCGUGUUUGGCAGCCGUACGGUACUGCAUCAUUUAGCCCACAUGGCGAUGCAUGCGGAUAUCGUUGACUGCCAAAUGUUUGCCCGUGCUAAAAGGCUCCUUGGAAGAACUAUUGGCGCACAGGAGUUGAGUAGCGCUCAGAAACGAGUGAAGGAGAAAUGGGCCCCAUCUGCCAAGGCCCGUGACGCUACAUUCUACGCGUUGAAGUUUCUAAGUUCAGUCCUGCUACCAGAUGGGGCGGCGUUCAUGAAUGCAGCCAGCCCUUGGCCUGAAGGCUUCUACGAAACACGCUACGAUGUGCUCAUGAAUAGGCCGUGGGUACUUUACUUUGCUGCUCUUGUGGUAUGGUGCUACGGCUAUGCAUUAGAAGGACCUUGUGGAGAUGUUGCGAGGCACAAUACUGCAGAGGAGAACCAGCAGCAAAUGAGGCACUAUUUACUAAGGUACGCAAGCAUUACAGAUCCAGAUGAGCUCCAAGCCAUGCAGGGUAUCAGCAAUAAUACGGCAUUGCUGGUGGUGCUGCGGGACUCGUUUGACAAUACCAGAUGGGAUUUACUACAUGAAGGGGCUCAUUUGAUGAGAAACUGUAUUAUUCUGAACGGCGGCGGUACCGUGUAG